UGUGUUUGGCUGCAUAAAGUUGUGUCACCAGAUUCAGUCAGGCAAACGUCACAGCUACCCACGUUGACGUACCACGUGACCCAAACAACAUCGUUUCCGGUAUUGCAUUGAGGAGGAUUGUGUGAGUGUUAAAGUAGUCUAGAGAAGAGGAAGAGGGGGUGAGGUGGAAGAUGGAGGAUUUCCCCAUCCGGACACUGGAGAUUGUGUGUUUGGGUUCAAGUGUGGCUCUCUCUGGUCUGUUUUAUUACAUCUACAGGAAGAAACGCAAAACUGUGGACAAGCUUAACGAAGCUCCACUACUGCCACUGGAUGAGAAGUUGACAGAUCUUUUAAAUGCCUCACCGGGGAAAUGUCUGCAGUAUGUGGUCAUCGAGGGUACAGUUCAGCCUGUAGGGGAACCAUUAAGGAGUCAGUUUCAGGAAAGCAGUGUUGGUGUCAUCCAGAAACUGGUCCUCCGUGAACACAAGCUUGUGUGGAACAGUUUAGCACGCACCUGGACAGACAGCGAGCGUUUGCUUCAUCAGCGUGUGAAUGCUGUGCCCUUUAACUUGCUGGGUGUGAACAAGGCGUUUGUGCGUGUGCUCUGCCCCCUGGAGGCCACGGGUCCCAAUAUGGAAGUCAUCCACGAGAAGUUCCACCAGGCCAGCUACGGCUUCACGGACCUGAUUGGCCAGUACCUGAGCGGAGAGAAGCCCAAAGGUCAACUUGAAACAGAGGAGAUGCUGAAGGUGGGUGCAUCCUUAACCGCAGUGGGCGAGCUUAUCCUGGACACGGACCGCCUCCCUAAAAUCCGCCCACCCACCGACGGCUCUGAGUAUUUCUUGAGCACGGAGGACUUUGAGACCCUGCGGCUAGGGCAGGAAGGGCAGGCGGAGAUGUGGAGGGUGCUGGCGUGUAUUUUCGCAUUUGCGGGUCUAGCUGCACUGAUGUGGGUGGGACGCAGGUACUACCGGCAACUGAAGCUGCGCUGGGAGCAAGAGAACAUGAGGAGGGAGUUUGAACUGAUGGGAGAGGAGGAGGAGAACGGCGGGGAUAAUCUGGAGAACGCUUGCGUGAUAUGCCUGAGUAAUCCACGAAGCUGCGUACUGCUGGAAUGCGGACACGUGUGCUGCUGUUUCCGCUGCUAUCAGGCCUUACCGCAACCCAACUGUCCCAUCUGCAGACAGAACAUCAAACGAGUCGUGCCUUUAUACCAGGCCUGAGAGACUGAUAAGAUUCUUCAGUUCCUCUCAUAAAACCAACUAAUGCAUUGAGCAAAUAACUAAACAUGGUUUAAUGUUAUACAAAUGGACAGUCGUGCUGGAUUUACAUGUUGAAACAGCCUUAAACUUAAAAACACUGUUAUACUGUGAACAGGAAAUCUGUAGCGGAAGCAGCUGCACAGAUUCCUGAGACGCACUUUAGUUUCACCAUUUUAGUUUUCAUAUAUUCCUGUUCUAGUUGAUAAAAUUGAAAGUCCAAGUUUCUCAGAGCUCUAAGAUGUCAUCGUUACACAGUUUGGGAUGAAAUAGCAGGUAUUACUGAAUAUCCUGAUAAGCAGAUGUGUGUGUGAAUGGAAUAUUUCUUUGACUUCAUGUUUAUUAUUUUAGUGCAUCCCAUGUUUGGCACUUAUCAAAUGGUUAGUCUGUUUAAAUAAAUAUAAUGAUUAUUA